UGGCUCAAGAUCAGCAUCGUGAAUUAUCACCUACUAGAUAGUGAAAUAACGCAGCCCGACAGCGGUGGAGGCCGAAGUGGUCCGUCAUCAAUCGCAGCGUGAUUGGCGGCUGUGCCCCUCUUGUCGUCGACUCCGAACAUCGGCCGGCAUGUUUUUGUGCCUCGUUCGCCUUCCAGCGAUUUGAGUUCCCACAUGCGCCUCAUUUAAGCCGUGCACUCAAAUUGAAUUUGUUGUACUACUCAUAACCCAUAUAUAUUCAAAAUGCCGUCUGCAGUAAAACCGCCGCAGACCUUGUACGACAAGGUCUUUGAAGACCACAUCGUCGAAGAGAAGGAGGAUGGCACAAUCCUUCUGUAUAUUGAUAGGCAUCUUGUCCACGAAGUGACAUCACCACAAGCAUUCGAGGGUCUCCGAAAUGCCGGCCGCCGAGUACGAAGACCAGACUGCACCCUCGCCACAGUCGACCACAACAUCCCUACCGCCUCGCGGAAAAACCUCACCACGACCGAGAAAUUCAUCGAAGAGACCGACUCGCGGUUACAAUGCAUGACUCUCGAGGAGAAUGUCAAGGCCUUCGACCUCACAUACUUUGGCCUUGACGACAAGAGGCAGGGUAUCGUGCACAUCAUCGGACCUGAACAGGGCUUCACGCUGCCCGGCACCACAGUCGUAUGCGGUGACAGUCACACAUCCACACAUGGCGCUUUCGGUGCUCUCGCCUUUGGUAUCGGUACCAGCGAGGUAGAACACGUCUUGGCCACCCAGACCAUCAUCACACAGCGGAGUAAGAACAUGAAGGUUCAGGUCGACGGAGAACUCGGACCUGGUGUUGGCAGCAAGGACAUUAUCCUGCACGUCAUUGGCAAGAUUGGCACGGCUGGAGGAACAGGUGCCGUCAUCGAGUUCUGUGGCUCGGCUAUCCGCGGCUUGAGUAUGGAGGCGCGUAUGUCGAUUUGCAACAUGUCAAUCGAAGGUGGCGCACGAGCUGGUAUGAUCGCGCCUGAUCAGAUCACUAUCGAUUAUCUCAAGGGAAAGCCCCUUGCACCCAAGGUCGACAGCCCAGAGUGGAAGAAAGCUUGCAACUACUGGCUUGGACUCAAGUCCGACGAGGGCGCCAAAUACGACAUUGAGGUCUUGAUUGACGCAAAGGACAUUGCCCCGACAGUCUCCUGGGGCACUUCGCCACAGGAUGUCAUUCCCAUCACUGGCGUUGUACCUGGACCCGACGACUUUGAGGAUGCGACCAAGAAGCUGGCGUGCGAACGUGCUCUGAAGUACAUGGGCCUGACUGCCGGCACCCCGAUGCAGGAGAUUCCCCUUGACAAGAUCUUCAUCGGAUCCUGCACAAAUGCUCGUAUCGAGGAUCUUCGGUCAGCUGCUCAAAUCGUUGAGGGCAAGAAGGUGGCUUCUAACAUCAAGCGUGCUAUGAUCGUCCCGGGUUCUGGUCUGGUUAAGAAGCAGGCAGAGGCCGAAGGUCUUGACAAGAUCUUCAGUGAUGCCGGGUUCGAGUGGAGAGAGGCUGGAUGCUCAAUGUGCUUGGGCAUGAACCCCGACAUUCUGUCACCUGGCGAGCGAUGUGCGUCAACCUCCAACCGAAACUUCGAGGGCCGACAGGGUGCUGGUGGCCGAACACAUCUCAUGUCGCCUGCUAUGGCCGCCGCUGCCGCUAUCGUAGGAAACCUUGCCGAUGUACGGAAACUCGCCCCGCAGGCUCCGGCACAGGCUAAGGGCUCACCGAAGAUCGAGCUGGACGCUCAAGUCGAGCCUCCCAGCAGUGACGAAGAGUUCGAAAAGAUUAUGGACCUUCCCAGCUCCGGACCUCAGCACACCGCCUCGAACACUAGCAGCACAGGCAGCGCCUCAGCCGGUAUGCCCAAGUUCGAGACUCUUCGCGGAUACGCGGCGCCCAUGGACGUGGCAAACAUCGACACCGACGCCAUUAUCCCCAAGCAGUUCCUCAAGACCAUCAAGCGCUCAGGUCUCGGCAGUGCUCUCUUCCACGCCUGGCGCUUCGAAGCUGGCAGUGACAAGGAAGACCCAUCCUUUGUACUGAACAAGGAGCCUUACCACAACUCAAAGAUUCUAGUAUGCACAGGACCCAACUUUGGCUGUGGUUCAAGUCGCGAGCACGCACCCUGGGCGCUCCUCGAUUUCGGCAUCAAGUGCAUCAUCGCCCCAUCGUUCGGCGACAUCUUCUUUAACAACACCUUCAAGAACGGCAUGCUGCCCAUCCGUAUCGGAGACGAGGCUGUCCUGAAACGCGUCGCUGACGAAGCGAACGCUGGCAAAGAAAUCGAAGUCGACCUUCCCAACCAAGUCAUCCGUGCUGCGGAUGGAACCGAACUGGCCAAGUUUGAAGUUGAGGAGUUCAGGAAACACUGCCUUGUUAACGGACUUGAUGACAUUGGCCUGACCAUGGCCAACGUCGACAAGAUCGAGAAGCAUGAGCAGAAGCGCACAGCCGUCUGGCCUUGGCUGGAUGGAAGUGGGUACUUGAAGAGGCAUGGACGCGGACCGGUCAAGGUCCAGGCGCAACCGGUGCCCAAGACUAACCGUGGAGAGGAGAUUACCGAACCACUGGAGUGGUAGAAGGCACAGGUUAGAGGGAGAAAAAAAAGUUAUGACCUCGGUCUAUCUAUCAGGAGUUAUCGUUUACAUCUGGCGAGCGGCUGCUCUGCGGGUUUUGGAUCAAAGGUGUUUCUAAUUGGGAUGAGAUAUCACGGAUUUGAAUGACAUAUAUGAUUGAAUGACUGUCACAACCGAUUGUAUUUUAGUUGAAUGGUCUGAACAUGUCGCUAUUAUACGUUGAAUUUGUUCUUCCGUCAAAUCUAGUACACGCGAAACCAGCUUUUGGAAGGUAUACACCGCGCGCUAUGCCGACCAUGCAUGGUAAUCCAACGCCUAAACACCCAGGAACCCCAGCAUAGACUUCCGUAACAUAUCGAUACAAACUCGACUCCUAUCAAGGCACACAUAGUCUCGAUUCUUAUCGUCCCUGCUGCCCAGCGAGACCAGGUCCAUCUCUAGUCCAACCGCCCUUCCGCAUACCCUCCUCGAUCCUGCCCCAAAUUCUCUCU